CCAUUAUGUUAGCCCCAAAUGUGGCCAAAAUGUUUAAAAUAUCACCGUUUGAUAGAAAAGUUACGCAAUUUUUCCGAGACUUUUCCCUCACUUUAAUCGACGAUAGGAAACGUGGUUUAGAAACCGGAAGUCCUGUAAAAAGGGCCGACUUUUUGCAAUUACUGUUGGAUUCAAUGAAAAAUAAUAAUCAAGCUAUCGAUGGGUCCGAUGAAUAUACGGAUAGUAAGAGUGGAGAGAAAUAUCGGGAAAUACAGGCCACGGAUGAUAUCACCGAUAAAACUAAU